AUGGCUACAACUCUUCAAUCUCCACGACUUCCUUUUCAUCCCAAAUUCACACCCCUAAAUUCACACCCUUUCCCCACCUCUACCGUACAUUACUCCCCCAAAUCGAGCACCUUCAACGCUUCAUUUCUCGUCACCCGCAACAAACCAGUACCUUCUCCCAAAGCUUCCAGUUCGCAGUACAGUCCCGCUGUUACAGAAAAGCUCGGUGACAUUAGCAUUUUCACGGCCGCCGGUGAGCCUGUCAUGUUCAAAGAUCUUUGGGACCAAGAACAGGGAAUAGCUGUGGUGGCACUUUUGAGGCACUUUGGAUGCCCAUGCUGCUGGGAACUGGCUUCAACCUUGAAAGAAUCCAAAUCAAGGUUUGAUUCAGCUGGUGUCAAGCUAAUUGCAGUGGGUGUUGGUGCCCCCGAUAAAGCCCGUAUCCUUGCCGAACGAUUACCAUUUCCAAUGGAUUGCCUUUAUGCAGAUCCUGACCGCAAGGCAUAUGAUUUUCUAGACCUCUACUAUGGGUUUGGCCGUACUUUCUUCAAUCCAGCCAGUGCAAAAGUGCUAUCAAGAUUUGAUGCUUUGCAAAAAGCGACCAAAAACUACACAAUAGAAGCCAUUCCAGAUGAUAGAAGUGGGGUUUUGCAACAGGGAGGGAUGUUUGUGUUUAGAGGGAAAGAGCUAUUAUAUGCAAGGAAAGACGAAGGAACAGGUGAUCACGCACCUUUAGAUGAUGUUUUUGAUGUUUGCUGCAAAGUUCCUGUUGCUUAA